AUGAUGAAUACUGAGGAAGAAGAACAUCUUGAGUCUGCAGAAUUGGAAUUUGAUCCUGAGGAAGAAGAUAUUGAAGAUCAUGCAAUCAUGUCUGGGAAGCAAUACACUAUUCUUAAUUCAAACUUGAAUAUAGUUCUUCAGUGCUUGAUUGAUUCUUCAACUUUUUCAAAUUCUCAUUUCAGUAAAGAUGAUGUUGAAUUUCUUUUAAAGUCUCAAAAAACAAAUAUGAAGACUCUUAUCACCAAUGAAGUUACACAACUUCAGACUCGUCUUACCGACAACAUGACUUAUUACACGUUCGGUAUUACUAAAGUUCAAAAUGUUGCUAGAGAAAGACAUGUGAUUUUUGGGAAGAUGUUAACUUCUUCAAAGGAGUCUAUUCUUUUGAAGAUUAAAGAUUUGGUUAAUAUGGUUACAGAGGAGAUUACAAAGCUUGAUAAAUUUUGUUUGAGACUUCAACAGAAUGUUGAUGUUCUUCUUGGAGCUACAAGAACAUUAAUCAAAGACAUUUGUGCUUUCAACAAAGGUUAUGCUGUAGAGUUGAAGUUAAAGAAAGAAUCUGAAGGAAAUAUGAUUACAAGAAAUCUUGUUCUUCGAUUGCCUACAAAUGCUCCACACCCGUUGAUGUUUGUGUCACAAGCAAGAGAUAAGGGUGGUUCAUCGAAGUAUGGAUGCGAAGACAAUGGAAAGGUAGCUGGGAAGGUUUUUACCACACAAAUUCCAAUUCCAAUUUCAGUGAAACCUAUUCUGACAGCUUCGACAACAACUCCAAAAAUCGAAGUUGAGCUUCGAUCAAAGAAGGGGUUGAACAUAAAUGAAGGAGGUUCGGGUUCUUCGACUUUCAAACUUGUUGCAACCUUAGAACCAAAAGGAAAAGGAAAAGAUGUUCAUGUGGAGCCCUUUGAAGAAAAAAAGAAGAUACUACAAUAG